AUGUUGGUAACUAUUGGAACUAUAGUUGACCUUGUGGUGACCUUUAACGAGAGAAGGCAAAAAAGCAGUAACAGCUAUGUGAUAUUGGUUGAGGAUAAUGAAACGACGGGUAGAACAAGUGUACUGUCGAACGAGACAUCAUCCUCAGGCCAGAUACAGAGUCAACGACUGAACCCACCACAACCAAAUAGGGGAAAGAUUUGUCAGGUCGCAGUGGCUUUUUCUAUAGUGACCAAUACAAGAAAACUGCUGUCCACUUCUACCUCCUCUGGUCAUCUUACAUCUCUCAACGGCAUGCGUGUGUUGAGUAUGUUCUGGAUCAUACUUGGACACACUUACCUCUUUGCGAGUUUAGGAAUGACUGUAGAAAAUUCUUUAGCAGCAGUGAAGAUUAUACAGCGAUUCUCCUUCCAGGCCAUUAUCAAUGCCACUGUGUCAGUAGACACCUUCUUCUUCAUGAGUGGAUUACUGGUGACCUACCUGUAUUUGAAGAAUAGACAGGAGAGCACAGAUUCUUUUAAUUGGGUGCUGUUCUACUUUCAUCGGUACUGGCGACUGACCCCAGUGUAUGCCUUCUGUAUCAUGAUCUGGGGUUCUCUAUUCUUUCACACCCUGAGAGGGCCGAUGGCAGUGUGGAGGUCCACCCCACAGACUCAGGCUCUUAUCAAUGAGUGCUCCAAGUCGUGGUGGGCAAACAUUCUCUAUAUAAACAACUACUACCCAUACUCUGGUGAUAUCAAUCAACAGUGUAUGGGAUGGUCCUGGUAUUUAGCCAAUGAUAUGCAGUUUUAUAUCAUCAGUCCCAUCAUCCUGAUUCUUCUGUAUCGGUAUCGUAAAAUUGGCUUCGCAGUGUGUGGAGGUUUGAUUGGAGCAUGUAUCUUUAUUCGUGCAAUGACAGCUUUUGAAUUUGGAAUUCAUGUGCCAAACCAAGCAGUCACAAAACACAAGGAUAAUUACUAUGGUCAGCAUGCUCCUCUUUACAACAAGAUGUACACACGGAUUGCUCCUUACAUUGUGGGGAUGUUACUGGGCUAUGCACUACACAAGACAAACUGUAGGGUGAGGAUGUCUAAGGUUACAGUUUUGACUGGUUGGUCUGUUGCCAUAGCAACAGGAUUGUCUGUUGUAUACGGUCUCUAUGACUACUACUACCACAGUUUCAAUGCAUCCUUGGCAGUAAGUGUCAUUUACCUGGCCUUUAAUCGCUUUGCCUGGAGUGUUGCUCUUGCUUGGGUUGUAUUUGCCUGUGCUACUGGAUAUGGAGGGCUAGUAAAUUCUAUCCUGUCUUGGAGUGCGUGGGCUCCACUCGGACGUCUAACCUAUUGUGCCUAUCUCAUACAUCCAAUGAUUUUGGAAUUUUUCUUCUUCCAACCAUACGCUUACAUAGUAUCUGAUGUCAACAUGAUCUGCUAUUACCUCGGAUUGUUGGUCCUAACCUACAUGUGUGCCUACAUUGUAUCUAUGGCUGUGGAAGCUCCAAUGCUAGGUCUGGAAAAAAUCCUCAUCCCCCUCAUGGAAAAAGCUAUUAAUACACUGGUACGCUUCCUGCAAAGUUUUCUUCGUAGGAGGCCAGAUUAAGGUAUUUUUUGAGUGAAAUCACAUUGUAUU